AUGACACAACUUCAAAAACAGCACUCACAACCAGCUACCUCAUGCUGCACGUUGGAGAAUGUUGACGCUGCGUUAAACAAGCUUACCUUGGAUCAAAAAAUUUCUUUGCUUGCUGGCCAAGGAUCCUUUAAAACCACUGCCAUUCCCGAGCAUGGGAUCCCGGCGACUACAACCUCUGAUGGUCCUCAUGGACUACGAGGAGCCCGUCAAUUUGCGAGAGUACCCAGUUGCUUGUUACCAUCAGCAACUGCAAUGGGAGCAACUUUUGAUAUUGAGCUGAUGCGAGAAGUGGGAUGUUUACUAGGCAAAGAAGCGAGAUGCAAAAACGUUCACGUUCUGCUAGCUCCCACGGUAUGCCUCCAACGAUCACCUCUGAUGGGUCGUGGAUUUGAAGCCUUCGCAGAAGACCCCGUGCUAAGCGGGCACAUUGCAUCGGCAUACAUCAACGGCAUUCAGUCGUGUGGCGUGGCUGCUUGUAUCAAACACUACGCAGCUCAUGACCAGUCAGCAAACUCUGUCGAGGACAAUGUUUGCAUGACACAAAGAACAUUACGAGAGCUGCAUCUGCUGCCAUUUCAACUGGCACAACGUCUGGCGGAGCCCUGGGCGAUCAUGACUUCAUACAACAGGAUAAACGGAGUUCACUCUAGUGAAGAUCCUCUGCUGCUACAGAAGAUCCUCCGCGAUGACUGGAACUUCAAGGGUAUAGUUAUCAGUGACUGGUGGGGAACUUAUAGUACGACUGAAGCCAUCAACGCUGGAAUGGACUUGGAGAUGCCUGGCCCAACUCAGUUCAGGGGUAAACUCCUGAACGUAGCGGUAAACACCCGCAAGGUCUCACUCGACACAAUCCACCAGGCUGCGAGAAAUGUUUUACAGCUUGUAAACAGGGUAACAACCGCACCUUCACUAUCCGAGCCCCUGGUUCAAGAUACCCCGGCAGACCGAGCACUGGUCCGGAAGCUUGUCGGCGACAGUGUUGUGCUGUUAAAGAAUGACGUCAAAACCCUUCCCAUCAGGAACCAAAAAGGCAAAACGUACGGUCUAAUUGGUGAUCACUUCAAAUACCCUGCGCUGUCUGGCGGAGGAAGCGCUGAAGGAGACCCGUACUACGUGGUCACGCCAUAUGAGGCAAUGGUAGAGGCUGUUGGAGAAGAAAACAUACAAUAUACUCCGGGAAUUUACUCCUUUAAAUUCACCCCGUUCUUGAAACAUCUCUAUCAGCCAGGAACGAAUCUGCACGGAUGGCACGUCGAAAUUUUUGGGCAGAACCCAGAUGUUGAACGUGGUGCAAGUGCCAUUUACAAAGCCACGACUGACAAAGACCUCAUUGACAUACCAGAGAGUUUGCACAAAUUCUUCCCUUCAAAGUACUUUGUUCGGGCCACUGCUGAGUUCGUUGCCGACAAGUCGUGCCGCUUCAGAUUUGGAUUCAGCGUGGCCGGCAAGGGCAAGGUCAGGAUUCAAGGUGAGGAAGCCAUCGAUCUCUGGUCAAGCCAGCCGCCCAAGACCGCCGACACGCCGUGCUUCAAUCGACUAUCCAUGGAAAGAUUCUUUGACUUGGAUGUCCGGCAGGGGGAGAGAGUUUCAGUCGAAGUCGUCAUGGUGAAUGAAGAUGUUGCUGGCGGCGUAGGAACGGCAUUUACGCUGGCUGGCAGGCUUGGCGGCCACGAAGUUGUCGAGAAAGACCACGGCUUGAUGCAAGCGGUGGGCAUGGCUCGGUCUGUUGAUGUGCCCAUUGUGCUCGCGGGUCUUUCUGCAGACUAUGAGAGUGAGAAUAGCGACAGGAAGCAUCUGCGGCUGCCCCCUGGUGCUGAUGACAUGAUACAGGCAGUGCUAGAGGCAAAUUCAAACGCUAUUAUAUGCAUUCAGUCAGGUUGCCCGGUAGAGAUGCCUUGGGUAGAAAAGGCUCAUACGCUCGUCCACGCGUGGUACGGUGGCCAGGAGGUUGGCCAUGGAAUAGUCGAUGUCUUGUUUGGACAAGUUAAUCCUUCGGGAAGGCUAUCAGUAACUUUUCCAAAAUCAUUGAAGCACACUCCAUCCUACCUCACUUUUGGUAAAGCCGACUACGAUAUUCUCUAUGGCGAGGGAGUGUUCAUCGGUCACAGGUUCUAUGAAGCGGUAGCUCGAGAGCCACUAUUUUAUUUUGGACAUGGGCUCUCCUACACCAGCUUUCAUUACGACAAUCUCAUUGUCCCAAAUGUGUUUCAUCCUUUGUCGGAACACGAAAUGGUCAUUACUGUCAAUGUAACGAAUGUUGGGGAGCAGGCAGGCGCCGAGGUAGUUCAGCUUUAUGUUCACGACCCUGAGAGCUCAUUACAGCGACCAGAGAGAGAGUUAAAGGCAUUUAGCAAGGUUUAUUUGCAGCCACAAGAAACAAAACGGGUUUCUCUCAAGGUCGAUAAGUAUGCUCUCUCCGUUUGGGACGAAGGGGCGUCCAAAUGGAUGGCUGAAAAGGGUGAAUAUGAGGUCAUCAUAGCUAGGAGCUCUAAUCCUAGAGACGAAAUAUCUCGUGCGCAUUUCAACCUACCAGAGACUUUUUACUGGUCUGGCGUUUGA